AUGGCAAGCGGUGACCGUAAGCGCAAGGCGUUGAACGCCAACCUCUUGCCCGUCGACGCCGAGCCAUGCCCUGCCCGCUUCGUGACGCCAGCGCGCAAGCCACCCGGGUUACCAUGGAUGCCAAGAGCAGGACGCCACUCUGAGUUGGAUAAGGACAGCGUACUGCUCAGCGCAGCAAAGAAUUUCUACCCUGAAGGUGAAAGCGAAGGCGGCUGCAGCGAAUUCCCGCCCUUAAUGCAGAGGAAGUCUUGGACCCGUGGCGUGCCAUACCGAGACAGCUAUGACCACGUCAAGCCUGUGGACUCUACUGGUAACUGCUACACCCCCGCCUCUAAGACCAUGCGCGUAAUCAACAUGCCCCCGAAGCGUCGGCCAGCCCCCGUGCUGUACGGGCCGCUGGGGCCCCGCGGGGAGGUGCAGUUCCCGCCGCUCAAGCCGUACGCCGAACGGGUGCGGGAGAGAGAAGAGGCUGAAAGGAGGGAGAGGGAGAAGGGGAAGUUGCAGAAAGGUCUGGUACUACUCGAGGACCUGGUCUCCGGUGCCUAUAAUAGAAGGAAAGAGGCCGAAGCAGAGGCGAGGCGUCAAAAGAGGGAGAAGAAAAGGCGGGAAAAGGAAGCCGCUGAGGCUGCGGCGAAAAUCGCUUUGAAAAAGCAUUUAGAAAAACUAGAAUUCGAGAUUCCGAGAGACCCGGAUGACCAGAAGUUGGAAAUGCUGAGAAUAACUGAAGAGGAGCACUACAAAUACAUUCACCCUAAGGAUUUGGAGAGAAUCAACUACUACUUGACCACGGCUCUCGACGGUAAACAUCUACCAGACUUUCCCCAGCAUCUAUACUUACGAGCAAAGGCGGAAGUAGACAAACAGACAGCACACAUAAAGAAGAGAUUGCUGAUCCUGACGUACCAGGCUUGCGUGAGGCAAAGCCUGGCCGAUAUAAAGGACUUCUUUCUAUGGGCUAUGAAAAGGUGCAUUCUCUCCUACAUAUUGGAGGAUCCUGCGGAACGCGAGCGUUUGCACAUAAUGUUCCUACCGCCAUUGUGGCCGGCCUGUAUCGUCCGCGCUCCAAUGCCCUGGCAUUCUGACUGUGUGCGCGCGAAACACGCCAUCACCUUCCGAUACUAUGAGGGUAAUCCUGUGCUUAUAGAGCUGAGGAGAAUGUGGCACGAAAGGUACCAGAAUAUGCUCAUCUGCGAUAUGAACAAGAUGCAAGAGGGUCUCCCUUUCCCCCAAUACCCACACGAGUUCACAGAACGGCUACAGAAGAUCUGCGAAGCGUCCCGUUCAGAGCUGGUCGAUAAUUGGCUGAUCGACGUGGCCGAUACCAUGAUCAAGAUGAGACAUCAUUGGUCCGUUUAUGUGGCGAAGAAGAAAAAGGAAUCCACGUUCCAGGUGGAACAGUUUUUUGCAUGUAUCCAUGGAUUGAUGUCGAAGCAAGUGCGGGAUUUGGUGGAACGGAGUGUUUAUCAUUUUGCUGAGUAUUUCUCGUAUUACUUCGAUGGAAACGAUUACGGUAAGGAAUACCGCGACUACACAUUCAUAAAGCGGCCACUCUUGCGCAUAAAGGCCAUCGCUCACCCCGGCUCCACGAACAUCACGUUCGACCCACCGCUGGACCAGAUGUGGAUCCAGAUAACCAAGUGGUUCCACUGCAUCAUCAACGUGGGCAGCCAGCUGCCGAGCGUUGACAGCAUCAUGUAUCCUGGUGCCAUCCGACCGAACCCCCAGCUCAUGUGCGUGUAUCCUGAAGAGCAAUACAUGACACAGCUCGUUAACAAAUCCAUCUUCUACUUCAACGUGAACAAGCCUGGCCCCAUCGCCUUCUUGUCUUGCUACGUGCCGUAUUACUACAUUCUGGACGGCACGGCUAGGCAGGAUCUCAUGGUAUUCUUCGCACAAGAACCACCGCCACUCUUGAAGGACUUCACAGAGCGCAUCUACAUGUACGAGGAGAUCCGCGAUGACAUCGCGUUCCUCCGCCGAGAUAUUCCGUUGAACAUGGUGAUGCUGGACUGUGCGCCGCUCAAUGAUACGAUGAAAGACAUCAUCAACGGACUCCGCCAAUAUAUUGUGGAUCAUUUCAUAUUGGUCAACAGGAAAUGGAACAGAGCCAUUUGCAACGUUUACGAAGACAUUGCCGCGCGUGCAGGCGAGACUCCCGAGACCACGGCCCAGCUAGUCGACCUUGUCAACUUCAUUACCGAGAGCCGAGACUGCGCGCUUUUCGACCUGCGUGAGAAAUCGCGCACAACCGCUGAAUACGUGCUGUUUCUCAUGACGCAUGCCCAUCUGCACUUUGAAGACGUAAACCUGAACACGCGCGUGUUCCUCUGGCCGCUGGACAUGGAGGACACCAUCGACCUGACGCUCAAGACCCUCAACACCAAGAAGUCCAUGGCGGAGGACAAGCUGCGCAGCCGCAAGGCCGUCUUCGAGGAGAAGCUCAAGACGCACGAAAAGGACUUGGAGCUGUUCCGGCGCUAUGAUCCGCCGCUGCUAACGCUGGAUUUACUGAAGGAGGUGAUCAAGAGGGUUGAUGAGAUUAACGAUAACUUGAUGGACGACAAACACGAAGCGGACGACAUAACCAACGAAGAACAGCUAUUGGACCAAGACGUGUCCGUGUACUUCAGUCUCCAGACCAUGUUGGCCGGCAUCGAGCCCUUCCACAAACUGUGGCACACUGCGUUCGACUUCUACGAUGGUUAUGAGAAGUGGUACCACGGUCCAUUCAUGGGUUUAGACGCGGACCAGAUCGCCGAGGAUGUGGAGGCGUGGUGGAAGUUACUGUACAAGCUGGGUAAACAGCUGUUCGAGUAUCCCGGCGCCAAGCGCAUCGCAGACAUGGUGCGAAACAAGGUGGAGAAGUUCAAAGUACUCCUGCCGGUGCUUAUCGGAAUAUGCAACAAGGGCAUGCGCGAACGUCACUGGGCCAAAAUCAGCGAUCUUAUCGGCCAGCCCGUAGUCCACGACCCAGAAACCAGCCUAGCCGACAUGGUGGAGCAGGGUGUGCACGUGUUUGCCGCGCAGCUUGAAGAGAUCGGCCAGUACGCCUCCAAGGAGUACUCGCUGGAGAAAGCGCUCAACAAGAUGAAGGAAGAAUGGGUGGGGGUCAAGUUCGAGGUCGUGCCUUACAGAGACACCGGCAUCGGUAUCCUCACGGGCUUGGAUGACGUACAGCAGCAGCUGGACGACCAUAUCCUCAAAUCGCAGACCAUGCGAGGGUCGCCGUACGUGAAGGCGUUCGAGGCUGACAUGGCUGCAUGGGAGGAGAAGCUCAUCAGUAUGCAGGACAUCUUGGAUCAAUGGCUGAUGUGCCAAGCCACCUGGAUGUACUUGGAACCUAUCUUCUCAUCCGAAGACAUCAUGCGUCAGAUGCCCACGGAAGCCCGAAACUUCCGCGACGUAGACAAGGAAUGGCGGACCAUCAUGACUGCCACCAUGAAGGAUCCCAUGGUGCUCACUGCCACGGACUUCCCGCAGUUGCUGAAGAAGCUGAGAUACAGCAACUCGCUGCUGGACGAUAUACAGAGAGGAUUGAACGAUUAUUUGGAGAAGAAGAGAUUGUUCUUCCCGAGAUUCUUCUUCCUCUCAAACGACGAGCUGCUCGAGAUCCUGUCCGAAACCAAGGACCCUAUGAAGGUGCAGCCUCACCUCAAGAAGUGCUUCGAAGGGAUAUACACGCUGGAAUUCAACGCCGCGAAAGAGAUCAUUGGCAUGGCUUCCGCUGAAGGCGAGGUGGUGAAACUGUCGUCUAGUAUACAGCCUGCUGAUGCCAAGGGCAUGGUGGAACGCUGGCUGCAGCAACUCGAGCACCAGAUGAUAGUAAGCCUCCGGGACGUGGCAGAGGCUGUGAACGCAUACCCCAUCACUAAGAGGGAGGAGUGGGUGCUCAUCUGGCCUGGGCAGAUCGUUCAAACUGGCUCCUGUGUGCAUUACACCACUGAGGCAAUAGAAGCGAUACAAACCAACAGCCUGCCAGAAAUGGUGGCCCGGAGCACUGUGCAGAUCACCGGGUUGGUGUACCUGGUGCAGGGCGAGUUGGAGCCAGGCAACAGAGUCACCAUCGAGGCGCUCAUCGUUAUUGAUGUGCAUGGCCGUUCCAUCCUGGAGGAGAUGGUGGAGAAAGGUGUCAGCGACAUCGCCGACUUCAACUGGAUCUCGCAGCUGCGUUACUACUGGCGCGGCGAGAAGGUGACAUGCUCCAUGAUCACAACCGACGUGGACUACGGGUUCGAAUACUUGGGCAAUAUCGGCAGGCUUGUGGCCACUCCGCUCACUGAUCGCUGCUUCAGAACUCUAAUGAGCGCGUUGAAGCUAAACCUUGGCGGGGCGCCCGAAGGCCCGGCCGGCACGGGCAAGACUGAGACCACCAAAGACUUGGCGAAGGCCGUGGCCAAGAAGUGCGUCGUGUUCAACUGCUCCGACGGUCUCGACUAUAAGGCGCUCGGGAAAUUCUUCAAGGGUCUAGCACAGUCUGGCGCCUGGGCCUGCUUCGACGAGUUCAACCGUAUCGAGCUGGAAGUGCUGUCCGUGGUGGCGCAGCAGAUCCUCUCCAUCCAGCUGGCCAUCCUGCGGCACGAGAAGCGGUUCAUCUUCGAGGGCACGGAGAUCAGCCUCAAUCCUUCAUGCUCAGUGUUCAUCACCAUGAACCCUGGUUACGCGGGCCGUACAGAGUUGCCGGACAACUUGAAGGUGCUCUUCCGGACGGUGGCCAUGAUGGUUCCAGACUACGCCAUGAUUGGCGAAAUCACACUGUACUCCAACGGCUUCGUGUGCGCGGGCCCAUUAGCACGCAAGAUCGUGCAAGCAUACAAGCUGUGCUCCGAGCAACUGUCGUCCCAGAACCACUACGAUUACGGCAUGAGGGCCGUCAAAUCGGUGCUGCUGGCGUCAGGAGCUCUCAAGAAGGCCUAUCCUGAAAAAGACGAGGCUCAACUGGUGCUGAGAGCCAUUAUAGAUGUCAAUAUGCCCAAGUUUCUUUCACAGGACGUGCCUUUGUUCAUGGGUAUCUACUCGGAUCUGUUCCCCGGAGUCCAGAUACCACAACCCGACAGAGACGAGCUGACGAAGUGCAUCGUCAAAGAACUCGAGAAGCGGAAUCUGCAGGGCACUGAAUGGUAUCUUGAGAAGAUCAUCCAGAUCUACGAGAUGAUGUUGGUACGCCACGGAUUCAUGGUGGUAGGCCCACCCAUGGGUGGGAACCAGGCCUACCAAACUCUAGCGGACGCCCUGCGAGCCCUACAGCUGACUAAGCCUCCACCACGCCACAAGGAGUUUGGCGCCAUAUACAGGAUAAUCAAUCCGAAAGCCAUCACUAUGGGCCAGUUGUACGGUUGCUUUGAUCCUGCUUCUCAUGAAUGGUCUGACGGCGUACUAGCGAUAGCGUUCAGAGAGUACGCCAUGUCCAUCACCCGGGACCGAAAGUGGAUUCUUUUCGACGGGCCCGUGGACGCCGUGUGGAUCGAGAACAUGAACACCGUGCUCGACGACAACAAGAAGCUGUGCCUUAUGAGUGGCGAGAUCAUUCAGAUGACCAACAAAAUGAAUUUAAUAUUUGAACCGGCCGACUUGGAGUUCGCCUCCCCGGCCACCGUGUCUCGGUGCGGUAUGAUCUACAUGGAGCCUGAACAGCUGGGCUGGCGCGCGUUCCUGGCUUCAUACAACACGUGGCUCAGCAAGAAGCUGAUCCCGGAGCAGUUCGACCUGAUCAUGGAGCUGAUCGACUGGCUCGUGCCCGCCAUCUUCGAUUUCAUGAGCGGGAAGUGCAACCACUUCGUCUCUGUUGGCGAAAUACAUCAGUUCUUCUCCUUCACCCGCUUGUUGACUUGUCUGCUGGAGAACGAGAACCAAUUCAGCACCAUGUGGCUGCAGUGUACCUUCGUGUUCUCCCUGCUCUGGGGUCUGUGCCCUACCCUCACGAGUGACAGCCGCAAAUCCUUUGAUGUUUUCUUCCGCAAACUUUUGGAUGGGCAAAACGCGAUGUAUCCAAAACCGAAAUCGUUUAAACUUACCAAGAAUCAGCUUUUCGGUGACAAGGAUACGGUGUAUGACUACGUGUAUGAUAAGAGAAAUAACGGGACCUGGAUACCGUGGAUGGAGUUGGAGAAAGAGGGACAAAUUGCAGCAAACGCCAAGGUGAACGACCUCAUAAUCCUAACGAACGAGAACGCGUGCCUGCGCUACUUCGUGUCGAAGAUGGUGCACUCCAAGAUCCCGAUUCUCCUCGUGGGGCCCACUGGUACGGGCAAGUCCUCUCUGGUGCUGAACUUCCUGCUGUCGCUGCCCAAGGAGCGGUACAUCACCAACACCAUCAACUUCUCUGCUAGGACUACGGCUAAUCAGUUUUUUGACCUUCUAGACUGCAAAAUUGAUAUUAUUAUGUCCAAAGUUGAUAGAAGAAACAGGAAAACGCAUAUUUUGCGUAUACAGGAGAGGAACUGCGUCCUUUUUGUAGACGACCUCAGCAUGCCACAAAAGGAGGUGUACGGAGCGCAACCUCCACUGGAGCUAAUUCGGCAAUGGAUAGACCAUGGCCACUGGUACGAUCUCAAGGAGAUGGUCAAGCAAGAAGUGGUUGACGUGUUGUUCGUCUCAGCCAUGCUCCCUCCCGGCGGUGGCUCCAACCUCAUCUCUUGGCGGCUGACACGGCACACGUUACUGAUCGCUCUCGAUUCCUUCGAGGACAACACCCUCAACAAGAUCUUCGUCACCAUCAUGGACUGGCAUUUCAACAAAGGCUUUAAUGAUACUCUUAUGAGGCUAAGUAAGAACGUGGUGUCAGCGACAAUGGAAGUAUACAAGACAGUGACGGUCCAAUUCCUCCCGACGCCCAGCAAAUGUCACUACCUGUUCAACUUGCGGGACUUCGCGCGCGUCAUCAAGGGAGUCCUGCUGGUGCCCGCGAGCCACAUGAAGGAGAUGAACAAGCUGGUGCUGCUGUGGAUACAUGAGACGUACAGGGUCUUCUAUGACAGGCUGAUUGAUGAUGCCGACAGACAAAAGCUAUUCGAAGUGAUUUACAAAGCCGUGUAUGCGAAUUACCGGGUCCACAUGGACCAGGUGAUGACGGAAAUGGGAUACAUCCCGGACGGCGAGAAGCUGAACAACAACCACGCCACCAACGUGUUCUUCGGGAACUAUAUGGAACCAGACGCGGACCCCAAGAUUUACGAUCAGGUGACGAAUCUCGACGACAUGGCAGUGAAGAUGGAAUACUACCUGGAGGAAUACAACGUGGUCUCCUCGUCGCCAAUGGCCCUGGUUAUGUUCCGAUACGCUCUGGACCACAUAUCCCGGUGCACGAGGGUGCUAUUACAGGAUAACGGCAACCUUCUGCUCGUCGGCGUCGGUGGCAGCGGUCGCAGCAGCGCUGUCAAACUCGCUGCCAGUAUACUCGAGAUGAAUGUGAUCCAGAUCGAGAUCUCGAGAGUGUACGGACAGAACGAGUGGCGGGACGAUAUACGCAAGUUGCUCAUGAAGGCUGGCAUCAUCGGGAAACCACUGGUCUUCCUGUUCGCUGAUAACCAGAUUAUGUACGAAGGUAUGGUUGAAGAUAUAAACAUGCUGCUUAAUACUGGCGAUAUUCCGAAUCUGUAUGGCAUGGAUGAGAAGGUGGAAAUUUUGGACAAAAUGCAGGCUGCUGUCAGGGAGUCGGGCAGGAAGAUGGAGACGACCCCGCUAGCCAUGUUCGGGUUCUACGUGGAGCGCGUGAAGGCGAACCUUCGCAUCGUGAUGGCCAUGUCGCCGAUCGGGGACUCCUUCAGGAACCGGCUGCGGAUGUUUCCCUCGCUCAUCAACUGUUGCACCAUCGACUGGUUCACAGCCUGGCCUCCCGAAGCCUUGGAGCGCGUAGCUCAGAUGUUCAUAUCUAAGAUCGAAGGCGUUGAGCAGGACAUGUGCACUGCGUGUGUGGAAAUGUGUCAGCUGUUCCACAUGAGUGUUGUCCAUCUGAGUGAUAGGUUUUAUAACGAACAAAAGCGCAAGGUGUACGUAACACCGACAAGCUACUUGGAGCUGAUAAAAGCCUUCCAGAAUCUGUACGCUAUGAAAGUAAAUCAGAUCACACGCGCAAGAAUUCGGUACGAAACUGGCUUAGAGCAGCUAGACUUCGCGGCGGGUCAAGUGGCUGUGAUGCAGCAAAACCUGAGGGACUUGCAGCCGCUGCUGGUCGAGACAUCCGACAAGACUGAGAAGCUUAUGAUCAAAAUCGAGCAGGACACUGUAGUCGUGGAGAAACAGAAGGAGAUCGUAGGUGCCGACGAAGCUUUAGCCAACGAAGCAGCCGCUGCUGCCCAAGCCAUCAAGGACGAUUGCGAGUCCGAUUUAGCUGAAGCUGUGCCUGCCCUCAACGCUGCUUUAGAUGCCCUAAACACCCUCAAGCCAGCUGACAUAACCCUUGUGAAGAGUAUGAAAAAUCCACCAGCCGGCGUAAAGUUGGUGAUGGAGGCUGUCUGCGUUAUGAAAGGGGUUAAAGGGGAUAGGAAGAUGGGCCCUGAUGGGAAGCCAUUCGAGGACUAUUGGGGACCUUCGCAGAAAAUGUUGGGCGAUAUGAAGUUUCUGGAGGGCCUAAAAGCCUACGAUAAGGACAACAUACCUCCUGCUACUAUGAAGAAGAUAAGAGACAAAUACAUUCCUGAUCGCGAGUUUGAUCCAGCCGUGAUAGCUAAAGUGUCGUCCGCUUGCGAAGGCUUGUGCAAGUGGGUUCGUGCUAUGGAUGUGUAUGAUCGUGUCAUCAAGGUGGUAGCUCCGAAGAAAGCUAGGCUAUUUGAAGCAGAAUCGGAACUACAGGCACAGAUGAACACGUUAAAUGCCAAACGAGCGCAACUGCAGGGCGUACUUGAUAAGUUACAGGCCUUGAACGACGAGUUUGCCGGAAUGACGCGCAAGAAGAAGGGUCUAGAAGACGAGAUAGACCUCUGCUCCACGAAGUUGUCCAGAGCUGAACAGCUGAUCGGCGGCCUGGGCGGAGAAAAGGCGCGUUGGUCAGAGUUGGCGCAUGAUCUGCAGGAGCUGCUGGGCAAAGUUAUUGGUGACGUGUUAUUGGCAGCGGGUUUUAUAGCGUACCUCGGUCCGUAUACUGUCAACUACAGGCGUGAAAUCCUUGUCGUUUGGAACAAACGAACAUUGGAACUGGAAAUCCCUUGCUCUGAAACAUUUUCCCUGAUCACAACACUGGGCGAGGCCGUGGUGAUCCGAGCAUGGAACAUUGCUGGUCUCCCCGUGGACUCUUUCUCCGUUGAGAACGGCAUUAUCGUGGAGAAGAGCCGGCGGUGGCCGUUAAUGAUCGACCCUCAAGAACAAGCGAACAAAUGGAUAAAGAACAUGGAGCGAGAGAACAACCUGAAAGUAAUAAAGCUUACUGACUCCAACUACGCCCGAGUGCUGGAGAACGCCAUCCAGAUGGGCAUGCCGGUCAUUCUGGAGAAUAUUCGGGAACACCUGGACGCGGUCCUGGAGCCGAUCCUGCUGAGGAAUAUCUUCAGAUCGGGCGGUAUCGACUGCCUGAAGUUUGGGGACAACAUCCUGGAGUACAACUACAGCUUCCGGUUCUACAUCACCACGCGGCUCAGCAACCCGCACUAUCUGCCUGAGAUUGCUGUCAAAGUGACCAUGUUGAACUUCAUGAUAACGCCGCAAGGCUUGGAAGACCAGCUGUUGGGCAUCGUAGUGGCGCAGGACCGGCCAGAACUGGAGCUGAAGAAGAACCAACUGAUUGUGGAGGGUGCCAACAAUAAGAGGACGCUUAAAGAGAUUGAGGACAAGAUCUUAGAGGUCUUAUCAUCAGCCGGUAACAUAUUAGAAGACGAAUCAGCCAACCAGAUCCUGUCAUCGUCCAAGGUUCUCUCCAUAGAGAUCAACGCGAAGCAGGCGGCUGCUGCCAUUACUGAGGUGGAGAUCGAUGAAGCGAGACAGGGAUACGUGCCCGUGUCGAAGCAUAGCUCUGUCCUCUUCUUCUGCAUUUCGGAUUUGAGCAAUAUUGAUCCUAUGUAUCAGUAUUCGCUGGUCUGGUUCAUUAACCUCUACAACCAGGCUAUAGUGAACUCUCCAAAGUGCGAUGAGCUGGAAGAACGUCUGACCAGCCUUAAUGCUUACUUCACCAAGAGCAUGUACGAAAACGUGUGUAGAAGCCUCUUCGAGAAGGACAAACUCAUAUUCUCUCUCGUUCUAACUCUUGGAAUACUGAGAGCUAAGGGGCAAUUGGACGAGGAGAUGCUGGCAUUCCUGCUGACUGGCGGUGUAGCGUUGGACAACCCUUAUGAGAACCCCGCGCCCACCUGGCUGUCCGACAAGUCUUGGUCGGAAAUUGUACGCUCCAGCAAUCUGGCAGGACUGAAAGGAUUCAAGGAGAACUUCAUGAAAAAUGUGAAGGGUUGGAAAGAUUUCUACGACCUGGCCGCCCCGCAUGAGGUCGAAUUUCCCCCGCCCUAUCAGAAGAUCAAGGGCAUACCAAAACUGAUAAUUCUCAGAUGCAUACGGCCUGACAAGCUGAUCCCCCUCGUCCAGCAAUACGUAGUGGAAGAAAUGGGUAGAGUUUACAUCGAACCCCCACCCUUUGACCUUGAGAAGUCCUACAACGACAGCAAUUGUUGCUCACCUCUCAUCUUCAUCUUGUCUGCCGGAUCUGAUCCGAUGUCCGGAUUGGUCAAGUUCUCCAUGGAGAGAAAGGUCGUCAGCUUUGAGACUAUCUCAUUGGGACAAGGACAGGGCCCCAUAGCCGCGAACAUGAUAGCCGACGCCAUCAAGAGCGGCGGCUGGGUGGUGCUGCAGAACUGCCACGUGAUGGACUCGUGGAUGGGAGAGCUGGAGCGCAUCUGCGCGGAGGUGAUCACGCCGCAAGCCACGCACCACAACUUCCGGUGCUGGCUGACGUCAUAUCCUAGCCGCGCGUUUCCGGUCACGGUGUUGCAGAACGGUGUAAAGAUGACCAAUGAGGCUCCAAAAGGCCUGAAGAACAACAUCUACCGCUCCUACAUAUCGGACCCGAUUUGCGACCCAGAGUUCUACAUCUCCUGCCCUCGCACCGAGGAAUGGCGGCGGCUGCUGUUCGCGCUGUGUUUCUUCCACGCGAUCGUGCAGGAGCGACGCGCUUUCGGCCCGCUCGGCUGGAACAUACAGUACGAGUUCAAUGAGAGCGACUUGAGGAUCUGCAUCAUGCAGUUACAAAUGUUCCUCACUGAAUACGUGGACACUCCGUUCGACGCGUUGAACUACCUCGCCGGGGAGUGUAACUACGGCGGUCGAGUGACCGACGAUAAGGAUCGCAGGCUCAUACUGUCGCUGCUCUCUCUGUUCUAUAACGACGAGGUCACUGAGGUUCCCGAAUACUCGUUCUCUCCGAGCGGCAACUACCGCAUGCCGCCAUCCAUGGACUACAACUCUGUUCUGGAGCACAUCCGAGCCCUGCCCAUGAUCGCCAAGCCUGAAGUGUUUGGUCUUCACGACAACGCGGACAUUACUAAGGACAACAAGGAGACUGGUGCUCUACUCUUCGGCACUCUGCUGACCCAGACGUCCAUUAUCGCGGGCGGCGGGGGCGAGGGCGGCGGCGAAGGGGGAGGCGUCGUGGAGCUGACGAGAGACAUGAUGGGUCGCAUGCCGCGUCUGUAUAACAUCGAUGACGUCGCCGCCAAGUAUCCGGUCCAGUACUACAACAGCAUGAACACUGUGCUUAAACAGGAGCUGAUCCGCUACAAUCGUCUUAUAGCCGUGGUGUCGCGGACGCUAUACGGCGUCCACAUGGCCGCUCAGGGCCUGGCCAUCAUGAGCGCCGAACUGGAAGGAUGCAACAACGCCUUCGUCAAGGGCAUCGUUCCUGGCGCUUGGAUGUCUAAGAGCUACCCUUCGAUGAAACCGCUGGGGUCUUAUGUAGCCGACUUGUUGAGCAGGUUGAAAUUCCUGCAAGACUGGAUAGACGAAGGCCCGCCCGUGGUGUUCUGGAUCUCCGGGUUCUACUUCACCCAGUCGUUCCUCACGGGCGUUCUGCAGAACUACUCGCGGCACAACAAGAUCCCCAUCGACCAGGUGCAGUUCGAGUUUGAGAUCACCAAGAUGGAGGCUGAGUGCAACCAGUUACCGCACUUUGGAGUGUAUUGUAAGGGACUGUUUCUCGAAGGCGCGAGAUGGAACAGAGAAACAAUGGAACUUGACGAAUCCUACCCAAAGAUCCUUUUUGACACCAUCCCCAUCAUAUGGUUCCAGCCAGCCUUGAUCCAGAACUAACCCCCUCCCUGCUACUUCUGUCCCAUCUACAAGACGAGCGAGCGGAAAGGAGUGUUGGCCACGACAGGCCACUCGAGUAACUUUGUCAUGUUCAUCACUCUGCUGUCCGAAAUUCCGCAGAAACACUGGAUAAAUAGGGGCGUUGCUAGUUUGACGCAACUUGAUGACUAGGAAGUCAUCAUAUUAGCGUCACUACUUUUAAAAAAUCUCGUAUCUCACGCUGUUCCUCAAAG